AUGGUUCCAAUGAAUAUCGCUAAUGGAUGGAAAACUUGGUGCAACACCUUACACCAUCUGUCAAGUUUACAGAUUUCUAGAACUAUCGUGCCAAUUUCCCUGGGAGAAGACAAUCGAAAGGAGAUACACUUCUUCUCAGAUGCUUCCGAAAAAGCCAUUUGUGCAGUGGCUUACUUACGUGUGAUACCAAAUGACAAUGCACGCAUACAGGUUGGAUUUUUGAUGGGGAAGUCGAAACUUUCACCCCAACAUGGUCACACUAUUCCCAGACUUGAACUGUGUGCAGCAGUUUUGUGUACAGAACUCGCAGCAUUUGUGUUAAAACACAUAGACACUACUAUCCAUGAAGUGAAGUUCUAUACAGAUAGUCGCAUAGUCCUUGGAUACAUCUACAACCAAACCAAACGUUUUCAUACUUACGUCGCUAACCGAGUACAGCGUAUCCGUCAGCACUCAGCUCCAGAGCAGUGGAACUAUAUUUCCACUGAGGAAAAUCCCGCGGAUAUCGGGAGCAGAGGAAUUCUAGCGAAUGAACUACCUCACAGCAUUUGGCUUCAAGGACCUGUUUGUUUACAACAACAGAGUCAUCUAUUAGAAAAGGAGGAUUUUCCACUUAUUGACCCAGAAAAAGACAGCGAAAUUAGAAACGCUAACAUUGUUGUACAGAAAACGUGUUUCAACGCUCAUGAAGUUUACACCAGGAUAGAUAGAUUUUCCUCAUGGACAUCCUUAGUCAGAGCAAUUACUGUUCUCCGAAAAGUUGUGACAAAGAAACUUGGUUUACCAUUGUUGGAUCCUGUACACAUGAACCGUGCAACAGAACUGUUCUUAGUGAAACUCUGUCAAAAUGAAACAUUCUCUGCGGAAAUCACAAACUUGGCCAACGACAAACCAGUAUCUAAAGAUAGCUCGUUACGCUACCUGGAUCCUUACCUUCAUGAUGGAAUCAUACGACUAGGAGGGAGAAUUCGUACUGGAGACGCCCUGUGUGAUGAACAUGGCCCAAUCAUUAUUCACGGAAGAACUUACCUAGCUCGUCUCCUUGUUCUACAUUGUCAUGAAGUUGUGAAGCACCAGGGGAGACACUUAACUGAGGGAGCCGUUCGCUCGUCUGGAUAUUGGGUGAUUGGUGGAAAGAGAUUGAUAUCGUCAGUCAUACAUUCGUGUGUUACCUGCAGAAAACUCCGAGGUAAACUGGAACAUCAGAAGAUGGGAAAUCUUCCGGAAUGCCGUACAAAACCUUCACCUCCAUUUACCUAUGUGGGCGUGGACACAUUCGGACCUUGGGAGAUUGUUACGCGCAAGACCAGAGGAGGUUCAGCUAAUAGCAAACGCUGGGCUAUCUUAUUCACCUGCCUGACAAGUCGAGCCGUACAUAUAGAGCUAGAGGAAGAUAUGUCAUCACCUACGUUUAUCAACGCCCUCAGACGUUUCAUAGCCAUAAGAGGAAAAGUUACAGAAUUUCGCUCGGAUAGAGGUACAAACUUCGUCGGCAGUACAGACGCACUAGGAAUCACCGCAGUAAACGUAGAAAGUUCGCAAGUGAAGAAGUUUCUUAAAGACAGCGGAUGUUCUUGGAUCUUCAACCCUCCCAACUCUUCCCACAUGGGAGGGGUGUGGGAGAGGAUGAUUGGCAUCGCUCGACGAAUCUUGGAUUCUAUGCUUCUAAAGGAAACAAAGAAAAACCUUACACAUGAUGUAUUAAAUACCCUCAUGGCGGAAGUUACUGCAAUUAUAAACAGUAGACCAAUAGUACCUGUAUCAACGGAUCCAUCUCAACCCUCUGUACUAUCUCCAUAUACCUUGUUAACACAAAAGACAGAACUUGAUGUUGGACCAUUUGAGCCAUUUGAUACGAAGGAUAUGUACAAGUCCCAUUGGAAAUACAUACAAAUCUUAGCCGACCAGUUCUGGAGGAAGUGGCGCUCACAGUACCUCCAGUUGUUACAGUCAAGACGUAAGUGGGUGGACCCUCGUAACAAUCUUACCGAAGGCGAUGUCGUACUCUUGAAGGAUCAAGACUCCGUCAGGAAUGAAUGGCCGAUGGGUAUUGUUGUCCGUGUCUUUCCGGGUGAAGAUGGAAAAGUACGUAAAAUUGAACUUCGUGUAGUGAGAAAUGAUCGUGUCAUCAACUACGUUAGACCCGUUACAGAAGUGGUUUUGCUGUUUUCACCAUAG